UAACGUUUUUACUUGGACUCAGGAUUUGGAAAGGAGGUUAGUUAUAUAAAUACAUUUUGUGGCCACUGUUGUUGUGGCAGUGAGAUUUAAAACCUCGGUAGUUGAAUAUUAAUCAAUUUAAAGGAUCUUUUGUGUGAACUUCUGAAGAGAGUUUGAACAAGUCUCUCAUAAUGGUGUACCAAUAUACGAAACCCCGUACGGCAAUCGCAGCCAUGUACAACAGCCCCGGGCCUUGCUAUGGUUUACCAUCGCUCAUAGGCCAAAGUGCACACGAUCCAAGAAGUUCUCAUAUAAAGAAGCCAGCUUAUUCAUUUGGUGUACGUCAUGGUAAAUUCCGAGAUGACUGCAGUCCAGGACCCUGUUAUAAUCCAGAUCCGAAAAUUUGCAGAGCUGGUAAAGAUGGGACACCACACUAUUCCCUGUACAGUCGGCAAUACGAUGGAACUAUAUUUCGAACACCCGGUCCAGGAUCUUAUCAGCCGGAACAUUCUGGGCCAUCAACCCACUUUAAUCAUCCAUCCUACAGUUUUGGUAGUCGACCAAAGUACAGGAGAACCGACAACGUUCCAGCUGCUAAUUGCUAUACUCUUCCAGGAAUGAUCGGGAACACCGUUCAGAGUGGUAAACGUCAAGCUCCUAAGUUCAGUCUGUCAGAUCGGCAAAAGACAGGAAGUUUCGCUGAAGAUAUGGCGCAGACCCCAGGACCAGGGACAUAUAAUACAAUCGAUCCUAGUACCUUCAAGUCAAAGGCGCCAUUAUACAGUAUGACCAGCCGACACGCGAUACCAGAAGAUAGCACCAGGAAACCCGGUCCUGGCGCCUACUCUCCGCAGAAUGUAUGGGUACAUAAAGAAACGAAACCGGAAUUUUCAUUCGGAAUACGCCAUAGUCAAUACACCACGCCUCUUAUUACUGGAGUUCAAGAAUAAUUUAACCUGUUUCUGUGUUAUUAUCAUGUAAAGAAGUUACUUACCUUAGUUCAGAAAUUAUUUAGCUAGAAUAAUCCACUGGAACUAUUAUGUGGGGAAAAAGAUAAGGACUCAUCAUUCCUGUUAUGUAACUUUUAUAUUAUGUAUUAUUUCGUAUGUUUUCGUUUCAUUUUUGAUACAUAUGUAAAUAUUAAGAAGUCAGCCAUAAAGGUAUUAAAGCCGCUCUCUGUGAUGU